AUGGACCCGCACGCCGACCUCUACAGCGUGCUCGGCGUGGCUGAGGAGGCGUCCGAGGACGAGCUCAAGCGUGCCUUUCGGCGCCUGAGCCUCGCCUACCACCCAGACCGAUGGCAGGCGCCGCAGGACAAGCGCGAGGCCGGCGAGCGCUUCCUGCACGUCGCUCGCGCGUACGGCGUGCUGAGCGACGAGCGCAAGCGCAUGGCGUACGAUGAGCUCGGGCCGCGCGACUUUGAGCAGGGCCAGCAGCUCCUCACUGCAGAGGUGGACUCAGCGGCGAAGCUCCGCGCGCGGUUCGAGCGCGAGAAGCGGCGCGUGGCGGAGCAGGCGUACCACGGCAAGCUGCGCAUGUCGGGCUCGCUCGUCGUCGGCGCGUCCGCGUCGGACCUCCUCGCGCCUGCCGACCCGGACCUCCCACUGGGCGAGCGGCUGUGGCCCCACAUCUCCUCUGUCUCGAUGAGCGAGGACAUGGCGCUCGCGCUGUCGCAGCGGACCGCGCUCACCUGCGGCUGCCAGCUGCUGACCAAGGGCGGGCUGGGCGGCUGCACGCUGCGGCUGGGCUUCAAGCGGCAGCUCGGCCACCACGCCUUCCUGCACGCGUCGGCGUCCGGCCUGAACGGCUCUCCCGCACCACCCACGGGACGGAACCCACACUGGAUUCGACACUAUGGAGCACCCAAGGUGCCCGAGGGCACAGCCUACACUCCCGACCGGCGCUAG